CAUUCCCUUGGCAUAUACAUCAGUAAAUUCAGUACGAUACAUACAAAAUUACAGUUUGUUUUGAGUUACUGAUCUGCAGUUUAUGGAAAAUACUGUUGAAUCCUUAAGGCUGCGAGCUAAGAUGGAUUCACCGGAUCAAAGGGGCGGCGUCAGCAUGCCCAAGCGCAUUGUAAAACGCAUCAAACCUUGGGCUGAUACCAUAGCCGUGUCCAUGAAUGUCUCCAUGACGCUUUUCUUUUAUUUUUUCGAUGUGUUCUACGUGAUGCCGCAAUUUCUGGGAAUCUUUGGACAGGCGGUGCAUUUUGUGGUAAGCACUUGGAUAGCCUACAACAUCUUGGGCAAUUUGAGAGCCUGCACGAGGACCUUGAACUCGGUGGACACCUUGCCGCCGGAAGUGCUGAAGCCGGCCGAGGGGGAGGAGAGUCUGUGGCACUAUUGCGACCCUUGUCAAAGGACUGUACCGCCCAGGUCCUGGCACUGCAAGACCUGCAGUACGUGCAUCUUGAAGCGGGACCACCACUGCAAUUUCGUGGGAAACUGCGUGGGCCACAACAACCAGCGCUACUUCAUGUGGUUCUCGUUCUACGCCAUGAUUGGCAGCGCACUGGCCCUCUACGACAAUCUGCUGUACGCCCAUAAGCAUGGUUUCGAAUUUGUGAACCUGUUCACGAUGCAUUAUCUUCUUUUUGUCGAGUACCUACAUCCGGGCACCUUUGACUUGCUCUGGGAAAUCCUAAUAAGAUUCAUCUUGACUAUGAACGUGUUCGCCAUCGUAUUUCCCGGCGUCCUGUUCAUCUCGCAAUUAGUUGUAGUCCGCAACAACUCGGUUAUGUAUAAAACUGCUGAUUGCACCUACGAUUUGGGUAUUUGGAACAACUUUGGUCAGGUUCUUGGACGUCGGCGAUUCUGGACCUGCUUAUCGCCUGACAUCAAGAGUCCUCUUUCGCACAAUGGCACUCAAUGGGAGUCGAAGGGCACCGUUUAAAUAUAUUUUGAUAUCUUCUCAUCGUUGUCGCAGAUUAUAUUUGGUUUUGCAUCCCACACAA